UCUUGCCUCUUGCAUUCGUUCUGCAUGUGGGGGUAGAAGGCCCGCGCUCCUGUCUUUCUCGGGCCCGCCUCGCAGGCGACCGCAUGGCCCCAGAGGGACGGAGGCGAAUGGAACCCGCACCCCUUUAUCCUGCUUGCACCGCUGAUUGAAAAAAUCCUAAAGUUGGUUUCCUGCUUGCACAGCUGAUUGAAAACAUCUAAAGUUGGUUUCCGGGCGGGAUUGGGUGCGGAGCGGCCAAGGGGAGGGUGAACUGAAUUGGGCUGCUGGAGCUCUGUCAUCGGCCAAGGGGAAUAGAAGGCCGCCCCCCCUUCCCCUUCCUGCUAAAGAGAAGAGCCGGACACUUCCUGAGGCCAGGGAGCCAGACGCGCCCUGGGCCUCCUGCCAGCUCUGGCCCCGGGGCCACUCACCUGCUGACUUGGGAGGUGUGGCCAGGCUGGACCACAGGGGGAACUUCUUCAGGGUGUGACGUUUUCCCUUGAUCAUCCAACAGUGUUCAGCGGGCACUACCAGUAAAUCAACUCCAACUUCUGUUUUGCUGAUGACCAGCUGGGGGGCGGGGGGUGGAGUGGGGGGCCUAGGGCUCAUGCGUUUGUCUUUUGCUCAUUUGGAGCCACCUCUAAGGACUCCUUGAAGCAGAGCUGGGCCCAGUCUUCUCCCAGGCAGCAGCCCAGCCACAGCCUCUCCGGCCAGUGUUCCCAGUUUCUCUGGAAUACCUUUUUGGUGAAAUACCACUUUUGAGGCCUCCUAUUUCUCUGGAGGACCAGUCCUAUUAGGGUUUAUUUAGCAAUAGCAGAAUGACACCUAAAGAAAGAAGGCCAGCCGGUCUGCCGGGGAGGAACACAGAGACCUUGUUAUAAAGUCCUUUACUUCCAUGAUGCUUCUCGAAGACUGAACUUUGAGGAAGCCAGAGCAGCCUGCCGGAGGGAUGGGGGCCAGCUAGUCAGCAUUGAGUCUGAAGAUGAACAGAGGCUGAUAGAAAAGUUCAUUGAAAACCUCCUGGCGUCUGAUGGCGAUUUCUGGAUUGGGCUCCGGAGGCGUGAGGAGAAGCAAAGCAACAGCACAGCCUGCCAGGACCUUUACACUUGGAUGGAUGGCAGCAUAUCAACAUUCAGAGGAACCAACAGUUCCUUCUACGGGGCUGGGAGGUGAAAGGACAAAUCCAGCCACACCCAUACUUCCAGAAAACACAGAGAAAGAAGAUGUCAAAGAAACAUUUAAAGAAAACAAAGAAGCUGCCUGGAACCUUGUCUACCUCCUAGUGCCCGGCAUCCCCCUCUUCCUCCUCCUGCUGGUCACCACAGUUGUCUGCUGGGUUUGGAUCUGGAGGAGGAGGACACGGGAGCAGCCAGACCCCAGCGGGAAGGAGCCGCGCACCAUCUGGCCCUCGCCCGGCCCCGCGCACAGCCCGGACCUGGAGGUUUACAGCGUCAUCCGGAAACAAAGCGAAGCCGAUUUGGCCGAGACCCGGCCGGACCUGAAGAACAUUUCAUUCCGAGGGUGCUCGGGAGCAGCCACUCCCGAGGACAUGUCCUGUGGCUCCGACCACAGGGCUGUGAACCCGUCCGAGAGCGGGUUCGUCACCCUGGCCAGCAUCGAGAGCGGCUUUGUGACCAAUGACAUUUACGAGUUCUCUCCAGACCACCGCCUGGGGAGGAGCGAGGAGUGUGGGUGGGUGGAAAAUGAAAUCUAUGGCUAUUAGGACCCGGGAACGACACGUGAACGGACAAGAAUGGGAAAGAAAGGAGAAGCAACAGCCUCCAAUUCUCUAUGAGGAAAACACUCAGAAGGCCUGGGGUGAGCAUGUGGUCCCGUCAGUCACCGCUAUUGCAUCCUUACCCCAGCCUUGCACCAGCUCUGUCGGGUGAGGAAGCAGCUUGCCCAGGCCUGGCGCAGAGGAGGAAAUCGGUGGCAGCUGAUUGCUUGUAGCAGACCAGCCAGGGACAGCGCUCUCCUGGGCAGGGCCCCCGGGUGGCUGCGGGACUGGGGACACCCAUCUCCAGGACACCCAUCCCCAGGUCUUUUUCCUUCCUCUGGACAACAGCCCCGGUGAUCACCACGGGACGGGACGGAAAUGACAGAUGAUUUCAAAGCCUCAUGUGCUGGCCUGGGCUGGCCUGCGCACCAGCCAUUCUUGUAUCUGUGUUUUUCAGACUGAAAUCCAAUAAAAAGCAGGAAGCCAAAUGUUAGUCAGUCUGCGCCGACAGCCCUUCCUCUGCAUGUGGCCUCGCGGGACCUUUCUUUCUUUCUCCCCACAUCCAAACCGGGGAAUAUUUUGGAAACUGAAAAUGAAACUGGAACCUCGGCUUCUCGGCUUUUUGGGUCCCCAGCCCCACACUGCACGUUGUUCUGUCUGUGUGUUUGUUCUCGAGCAGCAUCAACGUAAGGUUACCGGUCCUGACGAUGAGUCUUCCCUGUUGUUUUAGGAACCUGACAAUGUUUUUGGGCUCAAAUCCAGAGAAAGGUUUCGAGGCCUAACAUCCGUCAUUUACCGUUUGGAGGUCUGAAGGCCAUUAUCUAAGUCACCAGCAACCUCCCUCUUCUCCGUUUAAUGAUCUUAUUAUUGUCACCAUCGCUCGUACAUAGUAUUUCUGAAGAGUUUGUAACUUUGCCUCCCACAUGGAGCCCCACACUAGAUAAAGUGAACCAGCCUGGGUCCGAGCCCUACCCAAUGCAGUGGAUUGUAACCGCAGCUCAAUGGCCUGUCCAGCUGGCAUAGGGAGCAGGGUGGAUACAAAAACAUCAUUUACGUCUGUUUCUGGGGAGUGUAUUCUGUGGAGUUACAACAUUUCAAGCAAAACAGUGACCUCGUGGUCUGAAGGACUAAUCCGUGGCUCUAAAACAGUGGUUCUCAACCUUCCUAAUGCCGCAACCCUUUAGUACAUACAGUUCCUCAUGUUGUGGUGACCCCCAACCAUAAAAUUAUUUUCGUUGCUACUUCAUAACUGUCAUUUUGCUACUGUUAUGAAUCAUAAUGUAAAUAUCUGAUAUGCAGGCUGUAUUUAGGCGACCCCUGUGAAAGGGUUGUUCGACCCCCAAAGGGGUCGCGAGCCACAGGUUGAGAACCACUGCCCUAAAAUACUGAAGUCCCCAUUUUGCUUCAUACAUCUUGGCUCUGUGAUCUGUGCCUCAACUCUGGCCACUGUGAGGUUGCCGAUUCCCUGAGGGUAGGGAUCCUAUCCGCCCUGUCAGCAUUGUCCCUCCUACAGCCAGGGCAGCACCUUGCACAGAGCAGACAAUCAAUUCUUGUUGAAGGGAUGAACAAUUCAUCGUUCAGACUGAUGUAAAAUAGCCUGCGUACUUCAAAAGUCUGCAGGACCUCUUUCUCAUACUGCACCUGCUGGGGGAGGUGAUUAAUUACUAUUUUAGUUGGAAAAGCACUCCCACCGCCUAGGAAGAAGGAAGAGUAGUAACAAGUAAAGGAAGCUGGUGAAUUGUGUUAACGACUUGCUUUAAUUAUGCCACUAAAACCUGGAAAAGACCCAUUCUUAAAGGUUAUAGUAGGAGUGACUCCUUCAGCACCUUCUCUUUGCCGUUCCUGUGUUUCCUGCACAGAUUUCUCCCUUCUGGGUUUCCGUGCAGCCAGUCUUACCUACCCUGCAUUUAAAUUAAUCCAUUUCUUUUCCUCCUCAGAUUUACUAGCCUGAAUUUAUCCAACUCCAUUUCUAUCUCUGACAAUUACGUUUCACUAAUCUAACAAACGUUUAUUAAGUGUUUAUGUUCAAAUUGGACAUUGAGUUAAUCUAGGUAUUGUUUUAAAAUGUAGUAAACUGCCUGGCCGCUGUGGCUCAGUGCUUGAGCAUUGACCCAUGCACCAAGAGGUCACCAGUUCAAUUCCCAGUCAGGGCACAUGCCCAGGUCUUGGGAUCUAUCCCCAGUGGGGGCCAUGCAGGAGGCAGCCAAUCGAUGAUUCUCUUUCAUCAAUGUUUCCCUUUCUCU